AUGGGGAUCCCGUCUGCACGCCGGCUGCAUCUCCGGCGCAUCACCCGCCACAGGAUCUCCCGGAUCCUGCUGCUGGUGUUCGCCCUCGUCAGCUUCUUCGACGUGCUCCAGGUCCACCACGGCAUCGGCAGCAACGAGCGGGAGCCGCAGAGCAACCGCCGCUCGCGCCAGCAGGAGCGCAUCUACAUCACGGGCCUGCACUACAACGACGGCGAGCUGCUGCGGGACCACUGGAUGACCUCCCUGCUCGAGCUCGUGAAUGAGCUGGGCCCCGGCAACGUGUUUGUGAGCCUGCACGAGAGCGGCAGCUGGGACGAUACCAAGGAGAUGCUGCAGUGGCUGGACCAGGUCCUCGAGGAGCGCGGGGUCGCCCGGCACAUCGAGGUGUCUGACGAGUCGCACCAGGACGUCAUUGACCGCGGGUUCGCCGAGGGGGAAUGGGUUGAGACGUCGGCGCGCGAGAAGGCCGUCCGGCGCAUCCCGCACCUUGCUCGGCUUAGGAACAAGACUCUGCAGGAUCUGAUUGAGCUGAACAAGAAUGGCGUCAAAUUCGAUAAAGUCUUGUUUCUUAAUGACGUAGUCUUUACGACGGAGGAUGUCAUGACUCUCAUGGAGACCAAUGGCGGAGAGUACGCGGCUGCGUGUUCCCUCGACUUUGAUGCCCCUCCAAUCUACUACGACACAUUUGCCUUGAGAGACUCGGCGGGCCGCCCGGACCGGAUGCUCUGGUGGCCCUAUUUCCGCCCUGGGCCCUCAAGGGAUGCGCUGAUGAAGAACAUUGAUGCCGUGCCCGUUACUAGUUGUUGGAACGGUAUUGUCGUCAUGCCUGCGGAGCCGUUCGUUUCAUCGACCCAGCUCCGCUUCCGAGCCAUUCCCAAUUCCCUGGCCGCCCACCAUCUUGAAGGCUCUGAGUGCUGCCUCAUCCACGCCGACAACCCCCUCUCCAAGAGUCUAGGUGUGUAUCUGAACCCGCGAGUCCGGGUCGGCUACAACAAAAAGGCCUACGACGUGACCCACCCCAAGGGGAGCUGGAUCUCGACCUGGGCCAUCCUCCGCGGCCUGUGGGUGAACAGGAUAAAGACCUGGACGACCGGGCUGUUCUGGGACGACCUGGUCCAGAAUAGAGUGUUAAGCAAGGUGAAGAAAUGGGAGAAGGAGGCCAUGGGCAACUCGGAGCCCGGCGUGUUCUGCCUCAUCAACGAGAUGCAUGUCCUGGUCUGGAACGGCUGGGCGCACAUCUGA